CUUCGUCGCAAAUUACAUUCGCCCUCGGUCUGCGAAUCGCCUCGCACCACCGACACAGACCUCCUUGAAUCAUUCUGGACAAAUCCUCGAUCUACCUGAGCAAGUUUGGAGACGUUCAUGGAGCUCAACUCGAGAUUGCAACUUGCGAGAGCCUUGUAGCCACCCCGCCAUUCAAAUCGUUUCCACGCGAUAGAUCGGAUUCACAAAGCUGUCGAGAGCUGCGCAACCUUUCGAUUCAAGAUCCAGGCAGUACAAGAUGAUUUCAGGACGAGGACGAGGGAAGAUACGCCCGCCACGUCGGGCGGGUGUUGCAGGCCAUGUCGAAACCUCGGAAUUUGACGCGCAAUGGGACAUCUUGCGGUCAGCCCUCAAGGAGAUCCAUACGAAAAAUGCAUCCAAGCUUUCCUUCGAGCAGAUCUACCGCGCAUCAUAUAAAAUUGUGCUGAAGAAGCAAGGAGACAGACUGUACGAUCGUGUUAGGGAGUUUGAGGAACAAUGGUUUGGCACCGAAGUCAUGCCCAAGAUUCGCCUGCUCAUCACUCCGAACUUGGUUAAUAUCACAUUGAGCGGCGUUUCUGGAGUCACAGCAAAUGAGAGAAGAAUCACUGGAGAAGAGUUCCUUAGAGGCUUGAAGUUGGCCUGGGAGGACCACAUUAUAACCAUGAACAUGACGACCGAUGUUCUUAUGUACAUGGACCGAGUCUACUGCACAGACAACCGCAAAGCUUCCAUCUUCACCACCUCAAUGGGCUUAUUUCGGGACCACAUCCUUCGUGCCAGUCUUACAGGCUCGGAUCUGAACACGUUCGAUAUCCUGAACUCAGUUCUUCUCGAUCAAAUUAGCAUGGACCGCGAUGGAGAUGUCAUCAAUAAGACUCUCAUUAGAUCUUGUGCUUUCAUGUUAGAGGGCCUUUACGAAACGGAUGAAGAGAAUGACUUGGACAAGCUGUAUUUGACGAGCUUCGAGCCUGAAUUCCUGCGCGCUAGUCGAUUAUUCUACCAGGCAGAAUGCAACAACCUCCUCCAAAAUUCGGAUGCUUCAUCCUGGUUACGACAAACUCAGAAGCGUUUUGGCGAAGAAGAGUCAAGAUGUCAGACUACGAUAACCGCUCUUACUAAAUCCAAGAUCGCCCAAGUUGUGGAGGCUGAAUUGAUCACUGCUCACCUGUCUGAAUUCCUUGCCAUGGAGGGCAGUGGCAUCAAAGCUAUGAUCGAAAAUGAUCGUUACGAAGAUCUUACUCUGUUAUACCAACUCAUCUCAAGAGUCGACCCAUCAAAGGAACCUCUGAAGCUUGCUCUACAGGCACGUGUGGUCGAGCUUGGUUCUGAAAUUAACAGGACCAUUCAAAACAUCGACUUCACCGGACCUUCCGAACCAGCCGAGAAUGGUGACGCCGCCGAUGGUGGCGAGAAGCAACCAAAGGCCAAGCAACAAAGUCCGUCUGCCAAGAUGACUGCUGCUGCCAUUCGCUGGGUAGAUGAUGUUCUCAGAUUAAAGGACAAAUUUGAUACGAUGUGGAAGAAGUGCUUAGACGAAGAUCUUAUCCUGCACACAGCUCUCACGAAGAGUUUCUCGGAUUUCAUCAACUUAUUCCCUCGUUGCUCAGAAUAUGUAUCUCUGUUCAUUGAUGACAAUCUUAAGCGAGGAAUUAAGGGCAAGACGGAAGCUGAGAUCGACGAAGUGCUGGACAAAGCCACUACCCUGCUAAAAUAUAUUCAGGAUAGGGACAUGUUUGAGCGAUAUUACAAGAAGCAUCUUGCUCGAAGAUUGCUUCACGGAAAGUCAGAAAGCGCCGAUGUUGAGAAGCAAAUGAUCUCCAGAAUGAAGCUUGAGAUUGGAAAUUCUUUCACAUCAAAGCUGGAAGGCAUGUUCAAGGAUAUGACGAUGUCCGAUGACUUGACUGCUGGCUAUCGCACCCACAUUUCAAACCUCGGAGAUAUGGACCGGAGACAGAUUGAUCUCGGAGUUAAUGUUCUCACAACCAAUUACUGGCCUAUGGAGAGCAUGGGUGGGAAUGCAUCACGGCAAGACGAUGGAACCCAGAUCCCAUGCAAUUGGCCAUCCGAAAUCUCAUCUCUUCAAGAAUCAUUCAAGGCAUUUUACUUGAAGGAGCGAAAUGGCCGAAAGCUAACAUGGCUCGGAUUCUUAGGAAGUGCAGAUAUUCGCUGUGUCUUCCCGAAAAUUCCAGGAAGAGAAGGUGUUUUGAGUAGGGAACGAAGACAUGAGGUCAAUAUGCCAACCUACGGCAUGGUCGUGGUGUUGUUGUUCAAUGAUCUUGCAGAUAAUGAAUCGUUGUCAUUCGAAGAAAUUCAGCAACGCACUAACAUACCCGGUCAUGAGCUUUCGAAGAUCCUCCACACGCUUGCUGUCAAUCCAAAGGCGAAAGUCUUAAGAAAGGAGCCGGAUAAUAAAGAAGUCAAGCCCGGCGACAAGUUUUUCUUCAACACCACGUUUACCUCCAAGACAAUGAAGAUCAAGGCCCCGGUCAUGGUUGGUGCAGUCAAUAAGGUUGAGGGUGACGAGGAGCGAAAGGAGACAGAAGUCAGAAAUGAUGAACACCGCGGCAAUGUCAUCGACACCGUCAUCGUCCGCAUCAUGAAGGCUCGCAAAAUCUAUACUCACCAAAACUUGUUGAUGGAGGUGAUCUCUCAACUCUCGUCAAGAUUCAAGCCCAAUGUCGACAUGAUGAAGCGCCGGAUUGAGAGCUUAAUCGAGCGUGAAUAUAUGGAGCGAGUUGAGGAUGCUGCGGUACCGACAUACAACUAUUUGGCAUGAUCGAUUGUGUGGACCUCUGUUCAGAUAUGAGCAUUUCAUAAGGGUUUUCUUGCAUGGCAUGCGUGUGAGUGGGGCAGGUUUAUUUGCUGGCUGGCGCAAGGAAUGGCCCAGGCGUAAUAAGCGUUGGCAGCCAUCUGUAUGAAGUCUCACGAACUUCCAUCUUGAUAACUUAAUAAAAGCUAUCAUGUCAAGCCCUCUUUGCCCAGGGGUUCGGUGAGAGGUAUAAUAAUCACGUAAUCAGACUUUGUUUCCACG